UCCUAUAAUUUUAGGAUAAGGUCAGCAAGUUAUUUUCCUAAAGUAUUAUUUUUCCUCAAAACUGUGUAUUGCCAUUAUCACAAAAAAAACAAAAAAGUCUUAAACUUGAAUUCUGAAAACUAUCCAGAAGAAUUAUUAUAAAUUUCCGUAUGGUGGCAUAAAAAUGUUUUCCUACUCCUAUGAUAUCAACUUCUUUUUUUUUUUCUAAAACAGCAACUUUCCAUACACAGUGCCAUGAUUUUAUGAAAUGGGUGGUGAUUUGUUACCCUAACAUAUAAAAAAGGGGAAUAACAUAUGACACCUCUGCACUUAUGCAUCCCAUGAAAUGCUAAACUUUAUCAAACUGCAUAAUUUUAAAAUGAUGUGUUGAUUUGAGUGUUGUUAUUUUCAUUUGCACAUAACUUUAUCUUUGUUCAAUCCAUGUUUGUCAUAUAUUGCAGCAAAAUUGUAUAUUAUAUUCUUGUCCAACUUUUUGGUUGGUUUUCUUGACUGAUUUUUAAUAUUUCUUUUUUCAGCACUCAGAACUUUAUAACAAUUCGGUUUCAUUUAUGAUUCUGAAAAAUCUAUAAAUUUUACUCAUGUUAACUAUAUAGCCUUAGUUGCCUCUUAGAUUUCCAUUCCUUGCUUCACAGAUAUUUUUCUUGCUUGAUUAAUUCAUUUCAUUUUUAGUAUAUGAAAAUAAUAAAUAUAAAUUUACAAUAAUGAUGGAAAGUGCAACAAUAUGGAUGGGAGCUAUUACUGAAGAAAUGGAUACAACUUUUAUUACUGAAGCUUUUAGUAACAUGGGCUACAAUGUAAUCGAAGUAAAAGAAAUUUUUCAUAAAACAACUGGUGCUCGAGCGAACUAUUGUUUUGUGGAUUUCGGGGAUAUCAAUAUAGCAAGGGAAGUGCUGAUCAAAAUAAACAAUCAACCAAUACCAGGAACUGAGGGGAAGAAAUUUAAGUUGAACAGAUCAGAAUAUGGAAGAAGUUCGGGAGGCAGCGUUGAGUAUUCUUUAUUUGUUGGAGAUAUUACAUCUGAAGUUACUGAUGACCACUUGUUGGACUUCUUUCGUGUUAGGUAUCCGUCUGUGCGAGCUGCUAAAGUUGUCAAGGACAAAUCUGGAAAGCCGAAAGGAUUUGGUUUUGUGCGUUUCUUUGAUGAAGAAGAACAUGAACGAGCCUUAAAAGAAAUGCAAGGGAUGAAAGGUCUGGGACAAAGAGAAAUACGAGUUAAUAAAGCAUCAAAAGGAAAGAGUCAACUUGCGAAUCAGUUUGGUAAUCCAGCAAGUGGUAUGGAUCCCUCAGCAUUUCCUGGCUGGAUGCAGAUGCAAAUGAAUUACAUGCAACAAAUGCAUCAAUACAUGCAACAAUGUCAGCAGUUUGCACAACAAGCAGCUACCUACGCUGGUUGGCGUCAGCCAACUUCACAAAAUGAUACAAAACAGCAGUCUACCCCAGAAGCCACAAUAAAUUUCUUGCAGCAACAACACGAGCAGAUGGUCUCUCAGAGUGCAAAUGUUAACGAAGAUUUAGAACUAGUCGAUCCCAACCCUCCCGUCGACGUUGCAGCUUUGAAUCAAGAAAUUAUAGAUCGUGAUGACAGAUUGUUUUUCGAAAUGGAAGCAUCAAAGUGGGAUUUUGAGACUUGUGUGUUAGGAGCUUUGGAACAAAGACCAAUCAGGGCCAAAUAGAGUGGUAGUGAAUGCCAACAUCAAAAAUGUUAUGGUUUUGUUUAAUGGCUGAAAGUCGAAUUCCUGGGAUAGUGCGGAAAAUGAGUGCACAGUUUCAACCAUUCCUUAUUCGCAAAAUACUCGACCGCUUGACCUGAUGAUCCAUUCUAACUCGUUUUUUGGAGUCAAUCAAGAUUUGAGAAAUGUGUACUGGUUUAUUGUUGCAUUAGACUAAACUUAGAAGAAGACAGACGAACCUGUAAAAUAAUACUUACGACGGUUUAAACACAAUGUUCGCUCAACGACGUUGUAUGUGGACAAAUGUACGAAAUAAAGAGACAAGAAUGACUCGAAAUCGAAAUGAAAUUUGUUUUUUUAUUUAGAAAAAUCAAAUAUCAUUUUUACAAUUCGAUCUUUGCUUUCAGUUA